AUGGGAUUUAUCGAGUCGAGUCUUUUGAAAAACAGGUUCCACGCGGACCCCUCCGGAACUUUCAUGCAAUAUGAUGCAAAGGCCAUCGGCUCAGGAUCCGAGGGUGCGCAAACUGAAUUGCAAGAAGAGUAUCACAAAUCUCUCACCUUACAGCAAGCCGAGACCUUGUCGCUCAAAGUUCUGAAGCAGAGCGUGGUUUCAGAAUUUAUAGCGAGGAAGAAUGAUGAUGAUAAGCUCACUUUUCAUCCUCAAAAGAAAAUCGAAUUAGAAAAAGAU